UGCUAAAGGCGCCCUCUAUACAGACGCCGCUCAGUGUUGUUUUCCAGACCUCCCGCAACCCGCUCUGCUGGUCUCGCGGCCCGCCAUAAAUUCUCACGGCAAUAGCGGCAUCGCUUGCUGUAAACAAGUUUUAGCUAAAUACCUACAUUAUAAAUUAUUUAGUAAACUAUGUCUGACGACGGUUCAACAGUUGUUGAAAAGAAAGGACGCGGUAGACCAAAAGCCAAUGGAACACAACCUGAGUCGAAAGAACUUAAAAAACGAGGUCGGCCUCCAGCUGCCACCAGAACAAAAGAUUCUGCUAAGUCUUCUGAUGAUGAGCAAGCACCAGUAGCUAAACGAGGUAGAGGCAGACCAAAAGGUUCCAAGAAAAAGGCGGGAGUCAAGGGCAAGGGUGAAGGUAGAGGCCGUGGACGGCCACGCAAAGAUGCACCACCUCCAAAAAAAGAUGCUGCUUCUACUGAGGAAGAACAGGACGAGGAUGAAGAAGAUGAAGGAUCUGAAGACCAAUAAAUACUUGUGGGUCUAAAAAUCUUAGUGUAAUUGUUCUCUGUGAUAAUUCAGUAUGUGUACUGUGAAAAUAAACUUUUGUUUCUCAUUAAUGGUUUCAAAAUGAAAAUAUUUGGUCAACUCUCAUGUUUCAAGUAACCUACUGAAUUAUCGUUAUAGCACAACAUUCUCAAUUGAGAUUAUCAGCCCAAAGUAUUCAUGUAAGAAAGGUUUGUUUUAAGAAAUGAUUUAAUUUUUAAUGAUCAUUAGUGCAUUAAAAUGUAAUGUAUGAACUAUGGUAGCUAUAUCUUACAUGAGUAAUUUUGGGAGGAUUCAGCUCUCGUCAACGUACAACUUUAAGAAAUAAUUAUAAGAUCUUUCUUGUAGAUUCUAUACAAAUAGGUAUUUUGUAAUUUCUUGAUUUAUAAGAUAGAUUUUUAGAUUUAUAACUUUUGACAUACAUAUGUCAAGUAUUAUUUUCUUUAAUAACGAAUAUUAUGUUUACUUUAAAUUUAAAUUUUAUUUUCCUAUUGAGUAAUAUGUAAAAAAUUGUAUCAUCUCCAGUUUGAUAAAAUCAUGUGGUAGUUUAGUAUUACAUUAAUUUUACAUCUUUGCUGACUGAACAAGUAUUAUUUCUGAUGACAAUUUUAAUAGUAUAUAUGUCUGUGAAUGUACAAUUUUAGAACAAAAUAAAAUAAAAAUCUUAU